AUUGUUCACAUACUACACGUUUUCGUCUUGCAUGCAUCGGCGACGUGCGCAAUGCUAGCUUCCUGUACCGAUGAGCGACGAGGGGGCUGAAGUUGGCUGCUCCUCGAGCACGUCUGCUCCAUUGUUGCCGCCAUGAAGACAACUGCGCUGUUUCGCCACCCUCUCUUAGGCCAAUUGAAAGGCCGUACCUUGAACGACAGCUUCCUUCAGUUCACCAACGUCCCAUACGGCUCCAUCUCGCAGCGAUUUGGGCGAGCUAAGCUCAUCACAGCGCUCCCGAAGACAUCAGAGGGACAGCCAUACGAUGCAGCGGACAUUCCGCCUGCGAGCAUCCAACCACUGAAGGCAGCUGAAAUCGAUUGUAAGGGCAACCAAUUUCCAUCAGAUGUGUUGCAAGACUACGAAGAGCCGCAGUCAGAGGACUGUCUACGACUCAACAUUGCCAUACCAUCAUCAACUACCCAAGGCUCAUCCCUCCCCGUUCUCGUUUUCUUACAUGGCGGAGCCUUCUUCCUCGGCUCUGGCACCCGUCCCUACUAUAACCCUACCAACUUCUGCGAGCAGGCUCUGCAGGCAGGUCUUCCUCAUGUCUUUGUCUCUGUCAAUUAUCGCCUAGGCGCCCUAGGCUUCUUCCAUUCUCCCAGUGCCUCCAAUCUCAUGCCCGAGAACAGCGGGCUUCAUGAUCAGUUGGUGGCGUUUACUUGGAUCAGCAGGUAUAUUGCAGGAUUUGGUGGCGAUCCGAACAAUGUCGUGGCGAUGGGCCAGUCGGCGGGAGGCAUGAGUGUCACCAUACACAACAUGUCUGGCAAGGAGAACCUUUGGAGAAGAAGCAUACAGUUCAGCGGCUCGCUUGUUACGAUGCCGGUGAAGUCGCCCAGCGAGCAUCAAGAAAACUUCAUAUCGCAAGCCAAGAAGCUCGGGAUCGCCACGAAGGAGCGAACAAGCGACGCGAUUGCCCGCAAUAUGAUAUCUGCUCCUGUUGACAAGAUCCGAAACCUGGAGUAUGUCGGCAUGGCUUGCAGCCAAAGCGAGCUGCUGCCUUAUGAAACCGCCAGCAUGGCCUUGAUGCGACGCAGAGCACCACCGUCACCUAACCUCCAGAGCCAGAUCGUCUCUUCGACAACCUACGACGGCGGCAUCUCUUACAACCUCAUGCUUGGCAACAAAGAGCGCAAAACCCACGCCAAGGUCUUCAUCGACAUAGCAGAGUCUGUGCUCAAGCAUCCCCGAGAAGUGCUCGAUCUCUACGACAUCAAGCCUUCCGACGAUGACAAGACCGCACUGAGGAAGAUAUGUCAAUUCGAAAGCGACAUCGGCUUCUUCGCCGCCUCGCUAGCACAAGCCCAAGGCUUCCCCGGCAAGACAUACCUGAUGAUCUUUGACCUCGGGAAUCCGUUCGACGGUCCUCUGCCACCUCGCGAGUGCGCAACGCAUACGUGGGAUGUGGUUGCGCUGCUGGGAGCCUACGAAGGUAGGGUUGAUGACCAGUAUCGAUCAGUCAUUACGGAGUCUCGUGGCAAGAUCCUCGCUUAUGCCGUUGCUGGAAAGGAGCCGUGGCCUGCGUGGACGCCGGAAGACGGGUUUGCGCUUUGGGUGGGUAACGAUGGUGUACGCGUUGUGCGAAAGGACGACUACAUGGGUACCGGUACACAAAGGGGCAGGUUGCUCAAAUAUGCGGAGAAGGAAGCGGGUGAAGAUGGAUGUGAUGUCCUUUGGAAUGAUGUGUGCAGGCGCUUCUUGAUGGCUGGGAGGUGAUGGACAUGAUACAUUGACUAAGCUCGAGUAGCUCACAAAAGUCGAGCCUGAUCUUCGGCCUUACAUCUCCGCUGCCAACGCUUCUGUGCCAAGCUGUCCAGCAAUUCCAGCAGCAGCCAUGCCCGAUGCCAUACCGAUGAUAACGGCCUUGAAGAGACAGCCAGCGUCCCCAGCAGCGAACACGCCUGGUACUGACGACUCGUAGAACGGCGAGUUUGUCUUGAUGUACUCUUGCCGGUCAGACUCUACAUGCAGCCAAGUUGCUGGGCAAAUGGACCCCUGAUCAUUGCAUCCGGCACGCUCACGACGAAUGCCUUGCCU